UUGUCAUACGGUGAAAGUUCGGGGAGUUGUUGGAGUCUGGUGGUCCUGUCCGCCGUGGAGCCUUUGCAGAAAACGAAAGGCGAGAAUCGGCUGCUGCCGGGCAGGGGGCUCGGGGGUGAGCCCUCUCCGCACAGCUCCGUCACUCCACGCCUUUUCCGCGGCCUGUAGGGCGGAGGACCCUGAUAUAGCAGCAGGAGAGUAACUGGGGUCCCCUCCCGACUUGGCGAGAACCGUGCAGCUUUCCUCCAGCUUUUCUGUGCAGUCUUAGCAUUCAUAGGAUGGCCCACAAAAACCAGACGCAGAGCCUCCGGGAAGAACUGACUUGUGCUAUCUGCUGUGAUCUUUUUCGGGACCCAGUCAUGCUGGACUGCAUGCACCAUUUUUGCAAAGAGUGCAUCCAAGGCUAUUGGGACAGAUGCUCACAAACUGCCACCUGUCCCCAGUGUCGGAAAAAGUUUCCCACACGGUCCUUCCGCCCCCACUACCUUAUAGCUGGAGUUGUGGAAACAGUGCGGAAGGCCUCUGAGGAGCACAGAAGAAAAAUGCAGGAAAACUUCAGACAGGCAUUCCAGUUUUAUCAGAAGGAGCAGGAAAAACUGAUGAAAAUGAAGCAUGUGACGGAGGAGAGUCUCUGCAGCUUGCUGAAAACAUCUGGUAAGCUGAACUCAAAGAUCCGGGCAGAAUUUGAGUAUCUUCAUCGUCUCCUGGAGGAAGAAGAAAGAACUAUGCUGAUGGAACUGGCCAAAGAGGAGGAACAAUGGGUGAUAAGACUGCAAGGAGAGUCUGCACGCCUACAGCAGAGGAUCUCUGAGUUGAAGAAGAGCAUGGAGGACAUUCAGCAAAAGCUUGAAAAACUGGGGAACUCACUGCUCAUGGAGGUGGAAAAUGUGGUGGUCAGGCCAGCCAUGCAGGUUGAGGCAUUGCCUGCCUUCAGCAAAGAGCAGCACAUGGACAAGUAUGAUGGACCGUUGCAGUACAUAUGUUGGAAGAGGAUACUGAAAUCAGUCUACCCAGCUCCUGCUCCUCUGACCUUUGAUCCGGAAUCAGCCCAUCCUAACCUGAUUCUCUCCAAAGACCUGACUUCAGUGACAGAGAGAGAGAAGCCUUACCAUGUGUCUAGUAACUCCAGCCGUUUCCUCAAGUGUGUGAAUGUGUUGGCAAGACAGUCCUUUGAGAGCGGGAGGCAUUACUGGGAGGUCUGGGUGGGCAAAAAGUCCAAGUGGGACCUAGGAGUGGCAGCAGAUUCUGUCGAUCGGGCAGCAAAAGUCAGACUGUGUCCUGAGAAUGGCUACUGGGCUCUACGGCUGCGGGAAACCUCUGAAUACUGGGCUGCAGCUACUCCCCAGGUACGCCUUAAGCCCCAGCGCAUGGUGGAAAAGGUGGGUGUCCUGCUGGACUGUAAUGAGAGCAAGGUGGCCUUCUACGAUGCUGAGGACAUGUCCCAUCUCUUCACUUUCCGUCAGGUUACAGCCUGCAAGUUCUACCCUUUCUUCAGCACUUGUUUCAGUGAUGGCAAGAAAAAUGCAGAGCCCAUGAGAAUAUGCCAUCUGGGUCUCUAAGUAUGCCUGGUAGCCUUUCUGCCACCUGAUUAUAUUCACCAAGAACUUGGUGUCUGCAGUUGGAACUGUUUUUCUUAUCUCUGUCUCUAGAAUGAUAAAUGCUUGCUGGGAUAAUUCAUUAGUUUCUUUCUCCUCUUCUACUGAUGGUGUUUUGUACCAUAACAUAGAUUAUGUCCUCUGAAUCUGAAUGUGAUCAAGUAAUUGUGGGAAAUUUGUUGUUCUAGUGCAAACAUACUUCUGAGUUUUUCAUUCCCCCCCUCCUUUUCUCAACCAAACAUUUUUCUCAAAUAAGCUUUAACAAAAUGAAAAAAGACAACCACUGAUAGCACAAUGUGGUUUCAGAAAUUUUAAUAAAUAGUUUAAAUAAAAUUUAAAUAAAGUAUCCAGAUCCUGAUGCACUUCCCCCAAUAACGUUCUCUCUCUUUUAAAAUAUAUAUAUAUAUAAAAGACUUGCUCUUUAUUGGUUUUGUUGCUUGUUCAUUCCCUCUCCCCCCUCCUUUGCUUAGGAAAAGAAGGGGGGCAAACUUGAAGUCUGCAUUCAGUCACUGAGCCAUGUUGAACCUA